AGUAGAACUGAGCAGCAUAAGAUCAAUGAUGCCAUUACAAAGUUCUGCGGCUCUGGCACGAUGGAUAAGUUUUUGCAGUGACAGCAGGGAAUUAGUUCCUCAAGGCCCGCUAGUUUCACGCUCAUCUUCGGCUAACCCUCCAAAACACUUCAGUAUGAAAGUAGAGUCGUUUUCGUUACUACAGAAAACAAUGGAUAGAUAUGAAUCAAAGGAGUUUGAGGCUGGAGGAUACAAGUGGAAACUAGUGCUCUUCCCAAAUGGAAACAGGGUGAGAAAUGGGAAAGACCAUAUUUCCCUCUACCUUGAAAUGGCUGGAUUAGAGGCAAUUAAGGCCACACUGCAUGUAUUGGUUGAUUUCAAGUUCUUUUUGCUUAAUCAGUAUAAGAAGAACUACUUGGUUCUUGAAGAUUUUACAAAUGGUUAUCUCUAUGAUGACACAUGUGAGUUUCGAGUGGAGGUCUUUGUUUCUGAAGAAACAAGAAGAGAUAGAUUAGGGCUUGUAUCCAUGUUCGAUAAUGGUGUUAUGUACAAGCAUGUUUGGAAAAUUCCUAACUUUUCCAAAUUAGAUGGUCCAUGUCAUUCUUCAGAACCGUUCCCUGCUGGAGAUCAGAAAUAUUGCGCGUGGAAACUAAUGCUGUAUCCCAAGGGUACUAGCACCAGUAGUGAUUAUCUUUCUCUGUUCUUGGUAUUGGAUAAUCCAGCUGUCCUUCCUCCUGGCUCUGAAGUAUUUGCAGAGUUUACAUUGCGAAUUCUAGAUCUGAACUGCGGCAAACAUCAUUCUCUUAAAAGUGAACAGUGGUUCAGUGCCUCGAGUUGGUCUUGGGGAUGGGAUGAGUUCCUUACACAGAGGGCCAAGUUUUUCAAGAAAGAUCAAUGCAUUGUGGAGGCAGAAAUCACUAUUAAAGGAAUUUCUAGUUAA